UGAUCAUGUUCGCUGUGCGGUGAGGAUUAACUGUGCGGGAGAAGCGCCCUGCAGGAGCACCGAGGAGCGGGACCGGACCGGGCAGUUGCGCGCUGCGCGACGGGGACAGGAGGACAGCUUCAGUGGGACGUUACCUGCUUUUCUGUUCUCUUCUCUUCUAUUCGGUUCUGUUUUAUUCUAUUCGGUUCUGUCUCUAAUUGGAGACAAGACGCACAGAGUUAACAGAGGCUGGGGCCGGAUAGACUCGGAGAGGGACAGAGAGGGAGUGAAGCGUCUCUGAACAGAUUUACCUGCUUUCCAAAGAGAAUGCGAGCAGGAGAGCCCCUCAUGGAAUUCUAGGAGUGCGUAAUAACCAGCCGACUCUGUCUGCUCAAAUGGAAAUGAGAAUAAACGGAAUAACUUGUUAUUUCCCUGGAAUAAUUUCUGUCUUCUGCUGGAAAUCGAGUUUCACCUGGACGAGGUUGAUUUAGUAGGUGGGCGAAGAACAUUUGGGGAAAAAGAAGAAAUAAAAAAUAAAAAAUACGAGGGUUAUAGCAGGGACGAUUGGUGAGUUUAGGUUCGGAGAACCACUCCACUUUCUCUGCCGGAUGAUAUUUCUCUCGCCCCGGGGAUGGAGGGAUGAAUCCGGGAGAGAAAAAGACGGGGGAGAGCAAGAAAGAGAGAGGAGGCAGAAACGGAGAAGGAUGUAGUCGUUGGGCGCUGAGAGAAUGCAAAACGGACGCACCCCUCUGAAAGAAACGGAUUGAACUCUAAACCCGAGCGGAAUUAACUCACACCUAAAGGAUAUUACGCGCAUUUACCACGGCUCGACACGUCACAUAUGAGGAGGAUAUUCUUUCAUUGGAACCUGAGUGGAGUUACAACUACAUUCAUUAUUGGCAUAAGGAUGGGAUUUGGAGAAACAACUGUGCGCUGAAACAGUGGGAAGAAAACACAUCAGGGAAGAGUGAGGAAAAUCUGGCCGAGGAUUUCUGACCUGCAGCCUGAUGCAAGAUGUUAACAUGUGAACCGUGAGACAGUGUGCAGCAUGCUCUUACGUCUGUGAAGGUGCCUGACCAGGUGAGGAUGCUAACCAUGGAGAGGCUGUUGCUCUGUGUGAUGCUGGCGGUUUGCAUGGCGGUGCGGGCACAGAUCUGUCCAAAGCGCUGCGUCUGCCAAAUCCUGUCACCCAACCUGGCAACGCUCUGCGCUAAGAAGGGUCUGCUGUUUGUGCCGCCAAACAUCGACAGGCACACGGUGGAGCUACGGCUAGCCGACAACUUUGUGACAAGCGUUAAAAGGAAAGACUUUGCAAACAUGACGCGGCUGGUGGACCUGACAUUGUCCAGAAACACCAUCUCCUACAUCACACCUCAUGCCUUUGCAGAUUUGGAAAAUCUCCGAGCGCUACACCUCAACAGCAACCGGCUGACGAGAAUUAGCAAUGACACAUUCAGUGGGAUGUCAAAGCUUCACCACCUGAUCCUCAACAACAACCAGCUGGUGCUGAUCCAUCAGGGAGCGUUCAACGACCUGCUGGCGCUGGAAGAGCUGGACCUCAGUUACAACAACCUGGACUCUAUUCCCUGGGAGUCUAUUCAGAAAAUGACAAGCCUGCACACACUGAGCUUAGACCACAACAUGCUGGAUUACAUUCCAGAGGGAACCUUUUCACUUCUGCAGAAACUCAACCGGCUUGAUGUCACCUCCAAUAAACUUCAGAAGCUCCCACCAGACCCACUCUUUCAGCGGGCGCAGGUCCUAGCUACAUCAGGGGAAAUGACUCCCUCGUCCUUUGCGCUGUCGUUUGGUGGAAAUCCUCUCCACUGUAACUGUGAAUUACUCUGGCUGAGGAGGCUGAAAAGAGAGGACGACCUGGAGACGUGUGCCACACCUGAGCACCUGUCCGGCCGUUACUUCUGGUCCAUCUCUGAGGAGGAGUUCCUCUGUGAGCCUCCGCUGAUCACCAGAUUUUCCCACGAGAUGAGGGUCCUCGAAGGCCAACGAGUUGCUCUCAGGUGUAAAGCGAGAGGUGAUCCAGAGCCAGCCAUUCACUGGAUUUCCCCUGAAGGCAAACUGGUGUCCAACUCCUCUAGAACCUUGGUCUACAACAACGGGACUCUGGACAUCCUCAUCAGCACUGUGAAAGACACGGGCUCCUUCACCUGCAUCUCGUCCAACCCCGCCGGUGAAGCCCACCAAACCGUGGACCUGGUCAUAAUCAAACUGCCUCACAUCUCCAACAACACCAACAACAUCCAGGAACCAGACCCGGGCUCGUCUGACAUUUCCACGUCAACCCGAGGCGGCGCCAACGGCAGCAACGUGACGGGCGACGUGAAGGGCGGGGUCGAUAAGAGGGUGGUGACCGCCGAGGCCACGUCGUCCACCGCCCUCAUCAAGUUCAACUUCCAGAGGAACAUCCCCGGCAUCAGGAUGUUCCAGAUCCAGUACAACGGAAGCCAGGACGACUCGUUGGUUUACAGAAUGAUUCCUCCAUCAAGCAAGAACUUCCUGGUCAAUAAUCUGGCAGCGGGGACUCAGUACGACCUGUGCGUGCUGGCGAUCUACGACGACGUCAUCACCUCCCUGACGGCAACGCGAGUGGUCGGCUGUGUGCAGUUCACCACCGAGUCAGAAUACAUGAGGUGCCACUUCAUGCAAUCUCAGUUCCUCGGCGGGACAAUGAUCAUCAUCAUCGGAGGGAUAAUAGUGGCCUCGGUGCUCGUUUUCAUCAUAAUCCUGAUGAUACGUUACAAGGUUUGUAACCCUGCUGAGGGCGGCAAAGGCGUUUCAAUGUCAAUGACCAAUGUUCACUCACAGACCAACGGGCAGCAGUCACAGGGAUGCACCGUCACUCCCAGCUCUUCUAAACACGGAUCGAUCGGAUUAGACGACCUCUCCGCAGGCUCCAAGAAAAGGAGCGGAGCGGCUGCUGCAGGAGGAGGACGCGGGGAAAAGGACACCGUAACGCAGUCGUCUGAGUGCUCCCUUCCUGACUGCUCCACCGCCACAUCUGUCCUCAGCCAGAGCUGGGCGGCCCGAAGUCCCACGGCCGGAGCUGAAGAGCGGGAAAAAGCGGGAGAACAAAGACCUCCGACCGGCACCGGGUCACCUACCACCGGCACCGGUUCGCUGCACAAGUCAAAGCGGAAGCCCGCUCCGAGUAAGCCUGGGUCUGCCGGCUCUAACGCCCCAGCCAUGCCUGACAACCGCUCCCCUGCCCCUUCCCCUCGCCCUCCGUCUUCUACCCCCACCUCUGCCCUGCUCCCACCCGCCUCCUCCACCCCACUGGAGAACCUCAACACCAACCGCAACAACUCCACCAGUCUCAACAACACCCCACCGCCUGCCUUCGUCCCUUCCACCUUCUCCACCCCCCUCCUCGCCCCCAGCCCGGUCCCUUCCAUGCGAUUCAGAGAGACGCCGGUGCUGCGCCGGGCUCCCCGGGCCGUCUCCUCCUCUGCAAAGUACCAGACUCUUCCCACAGAAGAGGGAGGCAGGAGCAGGGCGAGGAGGAGGUACUCGCUCAGCGAAGAAGGCUCAAAGACUCAGGCGGCCCACCAGAGAGCAGGAGGGCCGCCGAAGCUGGGGCGCGUGAUGCGCAACAAACGCAGCCUGUCCAUGAGCGGGAUGUUGCUCUCGAAAGAAGAGGACGGAGACUCUGAGAGGGGGCGGUGUGAGUCGGACUGGAUCUUAGAAAGCACAGUUUGAGCUGAAGCAAGGCGGCGACCAUCAGAUGAACUUUGGUUUCCUCAUAAGUGUUCAACAGUUUGUGCAAGUGUUUGCGGUGCGUUUGGAUUUGUUUUUACACGUACGGGCCGAGGUACGAGCCUGUUGCUGUCUGAAUCAGUGUGUGGAUUCCUGGUGUUUAGUUUUCAUGUUUAAUUCUGUUUUUAGGUACGUUUGAGGUGAUUGCAAAUGUUUUCUGGAUGAAAGUUUGUGUUUAAUAUGCACAUUUUUUUUACCCUUUUUGGUUUUAUUGUUGCUUUUCUCAUGUUUCUCCAUGUUUUUGCUUUGUUUUGUUUCUUUUGUAUCUGGUUUACAGUUUUGUUCUCCACUUUGACUUUCUCCUUUGGUCAACAGAUAACAUGCCUUGUCUCGUAGCGUUCGAGUUGUCUUACUGGAUCCACUUUAUAGCACAAAAGAAAAAGAAAAAAACAAGACAAUGAGCUUGCCUCGUCAUUUCUGAAUUCACAUUCACCUUAUCUGAAAAAAAAAACACAAAAGGGAAUUAUUAAAUGGAAAGAAGAGGAUGAACCAUACAGUAAGAAGAAAAGCACACAGUUUUUAAAAGUGACACACUCGCAUACGAUAUGCACUUAUUUUGUGGCAAGGGAACAGCAGUCGGUGCCUUCUUUUGCACUAACAGACCCUCCCUAACAGAAACUCUAACUGGAUUUAUGACUUCACCACCGCCCCACAGACCAGGGCUUAGGAAGAACUGGACAGAACUAAGGAAGAGACGGAUUUCACACAUAGCCUUUCUUACCUAAUGGGGAGUACAGACAUUUUCUUGACAUAUAAAGACAAGAAGCAACAAACAGAAGAACAUUUUAAAGGACCUCUUAUGAAAUUGUUAUUUUUAAAAGGAAGAACCAGAAGAAAACGUGAGUAUCUUGUGAGCUUUUCACUGACAUUGGUAUACUUCAGCCUGUGUUCGUCACAAGCUCCCCAGAAAGCUUCUGUACAGAAAAAGACAACAUGUACUGUGUUGUUAUGUUGUGUAAAAUAAAAACAGUUAAAACUAAA